GGGGGGAGAGGGGGGUGUGACGUGUGGGCUCCUCUCACCUCUCAUAGCUACAGGCAGCAUGGCGGAGGCAGACAGUAGCAGCAUCCCCAGGGGCACCUUCAUAUCGCGGCUCUCCAAAGCCCUGUCGCACACCCACCUGGACCUGCUGGAGCAAGAAGCCAUGUCUGCCUGCUCCGUCCAGCCCACGGCGCUGACCCCACGCGUGUCCGCCCCGCAGAGCACCCGCAAGAGGAAGCUGUCCAAGAGCCAGAGCCUGUCCGGCUCCCUGGAGAGUCUGAGCGGCAUUGCCAGCGAGGCCCGGGUCCUGGUCAUCAACACCGGGGGCACCAUCGGGAUGAUGUACCAGAAUGAAGUCUUGGCCCCUCAGGCACAUGCGUUUGCGAAGGCCUUGAAGAAACUUCCUAUCCUACAUGAUGAGAUAUACGCCCAGCAAACCAAGCUCUACGAAUUCCUCGAAUCCCCAGAAAACACCUUGGUUCUUCCUCUCUCUAAACCGAAUAAAAGGGUUGUGUAUACAAUUCUGGAGUAUUCUCCUCUUCUCGACUCCUGUAAUAUGACAACCGAUGACUGGGCCAAAAUCGCCAAGGACAUCCAGAAAAAUUACGAGCAUUACGAUGGCUUCGUCAUCCUACAUGGGACAGACACGAUGGCGUACACUGCAUCUGCGCUGUCAUUUAUGUGUGAGAAUUUGGGCAAAACCAUUGUGCUCACCGGUUCCCAGGUGCCUAUAUAUGAGUUGCGGAACGACGGCCGUGAUAACCUGCUGGGGGCGUUGCUGAUUGCUGGGCAGUUUGUCAUCCCGGAGGUGUGUCUGUAUUUUCAUCACAAGCUCUACAGGGGAAACCGGGUGACUAAGAUGGAUGCUGGAAGUUUUAAAGCGUUCACAUCUCCCAACUUGCCUCCACUUGCAAAAGCUGCAGUUGAUAUUACAAUCAAUUGGGAGACUGUUUGGAGAGCCAACACCACUAAGAAAUUCCAUGUGCAUACGGACAUGAACAGAAAUGUGGGCCUGCUCCGAAUAUUUCCUGGAAUCACCGCUGCUACUGUAAAAGCUUUUCUUCAGCCGCCAAUGGAGGGAAUUGUUCUUGAAACCUAUGGAUCUGGUAACGCCCCAGAUUGCCGUAUUGACCUACUGCAAGAACUGAAGGCUGCUACAGAGCGCGGCGUUGCCAUGAUUAACUGCACGCAGUGUUUACGUGGCUCUGUCACAGUUUCCUACGCAACUGGAAAGGCUCUUACUGUUGUGGGAGUCAUACCAGGUUGUGAUCUGACUCCAGAAGCCGCAUUGGCAAAACUAUCCUAUGUUCUUGGUAAAACCCACCUCACCUUGGAACAGAAGAAACAGAUGCUGUUUGAGAAUCUCAGGGGAGAGAUGACUGUAAGCGCCACUGGGGCCAAGAUAUCUCUGAGAGACAGCAAGUUCAUUCAGGUCGUGGCCAAGUCUGUUGGUGUGAGCUGUAAAGAGGAAUUGGAGGCAGUCAGGGAUGCACUCACGCCAGCCCUGGCAUGUGCUGCUGCUAAAACAGGGGAUGUUAAUGCACUGGAAGCAAUUCGGGAUAUGGGAGGUAACAUGAGCAGUGAGGACUAUGAUGGUAGAACGCCACUACACGUUGCCUGCUGUGAGGGGCAUUAUGGUGUUGUUCAGUAUCUGCUAAAUAAUGGAGCCACCGUCUACGCCAAAGAUCGUUAUGGGGAUACGCCGCUAAUGAACGCUGUGAAAUUCAGGCAUCUGGAAGUGAUCAAACUCUUGCGCCAGACAGGGGCCCAUCUCUCCUGGGAAGAGCUGGAACACAGCGGAACAGAACUCUGCAGCCUAGCUGCCACUGGAGACGUGGAUGGCCUGACGGCCUGGGAAUUGGCAGGAGUUGACAUGGAUAAAGUUGGCUAUGACGGGCAGACACCUUACCAAGUAGCGGAAGCUGUUGGCAGUGAGGAGGUCUUGGAGUUUUUUCAUCAAAAAAGAGCACAGGUUUUCCUCAAUGGGAACUCAAGCGACAAAGACAGCUAUUUAAGUAGCUGAAUAAAUCCGUGAUGUGUCCUCGAUAAGGCUGCCAGACUAUAUUGUUCUCAAGCACAAACUUUAUAAUUUGUGGUAUCUUUUAGUGCUUAUCAUCCGUUUUCUUCUUACAAGGACCAGAAUGACUGGGAUAGUCUUCCUAGACAUCUUGUGUUUUUGUGUUUGCUCUAACUUUUUUUUAUUUUAUUUAAAUAUAUAUAUAUAUAUAUAUAUAUAUGUUUGUGGUGUUUUUGUGUGUUUCAGAUACGAAAACUGACAAUCUGAGAGGUUUGUUUAUUUAAAAAAAAAAAAAUAGAAAUUUUAUUGUGUAUGGUCUGAUUUUUGAGCAAUACCCUUGACAAUGUGAGUUGUAUUUUAUAUUGUUUUAUUUUGUAUGUUUAUUGUUUUAUUUUGUCUUCACAUUUUAAUAUGUCAAUUAAAUGGUGUUAAUUUGUGGAUUGUGAACACAAUGAUUGUUUCAGAUUCCUUUGCACAUUUUGAAGUACAGUAAAUGUUUUUUGUAAUUUGCUUUGUCUCAGGGCAGACGCACAAAUUUGGACGCCUCUGUAAAUUGCAGAACUGUAUUUGCACACCUUGUUGAAAACAUUGCACAUUUACAAAGCACAGUAUUAAAAACAUUUUAUCAUCUAGAGAAUUGUGAAUUUCAUGAAAGUCCAUAAAAAUACGUGGCUUAAUUUUGUAUGGUGUCCAACAGAUAUUAGCAAUAAAGUGUUAUCAAUCUCA